AUGAUACUGAGGCGAGCAUUUUUAGAAACAUUUAGAGAAUAUGUUGAUAACUGCUCCAUUAAUGGCGUUAAACAGAUGUGGGAGCCCAAGAGUGGGGUAAAGCAAAGACUAACGUGGGCUGUUAUCUUCGUGAUAAUGACUGCAGCUAUGGUCUACUUCCUUCAUUCUGUGUGGUAUGAAAGUCUCGGAAAACCCCUUGUGGUGACCAUGGACUCCUCCACCUACCCCAUAUCCAAGAUUGACUUCCCAGCUGUCGCGAUAUGCAACAUCAAUAGGAUCAGUACGAAAGCAUUAAUCAACUACACCAAAAUAAUAUACCCAUUACUAGCUAAACAUAACGAGUCAUUCGACGAGGUUCUAGCUUUCCUCUCUCAAUUGGGAAGACUUAUUGAUUACACAUACAACUUAACUCUGCGCAACCAUCCAUUCGUUGAUGCCUUCAAUUCGCAACUGAAUAAUACAAGGGAGCUUGUCAAAAUUAUGAGGAUGCUGGCGCCAUCUUGCGACGAAAUGCUAAUGAAAUGCUUUUGGGGAGGCAUGCAACAAAAAUGUGAAAACAUUUUCCGUGUUCGCCGAACGACACAUGGCCACUGCUGUAUAUUUAAUUAUAUUCUUGGUUAUGAUUCAGCUGAUAGACCAGACCGCACAUUGGACACGGCGAAACGGCAGCUUAGAGCUGGCAAGUACUUUGGCCUUUUUGUUUUAUUGGAAUCUAUGGCUGAGGACUACUCCUAUAAUCUGUACAGCAGGAAAGGAUUUGAGAUUCUGAUAUUCGAUCCGACCCAUUUUCCUGACCCAAACGGCGGUAGAGUGAUCCAGAGAACAGUUCAACCCGAUCAAGAGGUCUACAUUAAAAUACUAUCCACCAAACAGAUAGCUACGAAGGAAGUUCGAAAAUAUCCGGAAAGCACGAGAAAAUGUCUAUUUCACGACGAAAAACGUGAAAAAUUCAGUAAAAUGUAUUCGUACAGUGCCUGUGUAGUUCACUGUCGAGUGAGGACUAUACAAUCGCUUUGUAAGUGCACACCAUUUUACCUACCCGUGUCUUUAAAACAUGGGAGGGUGUGCACAUUGGAUGAUCUCACAUGUCUCAAUAAAUAUAAAGAAAAGUUUUUCUACCUAUACCCGAUGGGUGAAAGAAAUUUUGAUGGACUCGAGAUAGAGGCUGUGGACUCGCUUUACUGUCCUGAAUGUCUGCCGGACUGCGAACAUACGCAACACUUCACCGAAUAUGUGAAGUUUCAGUCAAAGUCGAACGGUUUCCAGGAUAAACUAUUUCCUAAAUUGGUCAUUAGGGACGUUAAUACCACGGGAAAAUGCAUAAUAAGUAUUUAUCAAUCCACAAAUUUUGGAGUAUUAAACCGCUUGGAUGUUGUAUCUUAUUGGUUUGAAGUUGUUAGUAACAUCGGCGGCUUUUACGGCAUUCUCAUCGGUUACUCAAUAAUAACCAUUCCUGAAAUAUGUUACUUUUUUAUAUUUCGGUUUUCAGUUCGCGUAUAUCAUUUCUAUGCAACAUAA